AUGUGGUCUAAGAACUCUGAUAAACGAGACACUCUCUUUCCAAGGAGCGAGGAUGCUGUAUUCGCUAGUCCUUGCAUGCCGCCCGCCCCAGUACCCAAAAUCACAGAUUUCAUAUCUGACAUAGCCGAAUCUUCCAGAGAACUGUCACAGGCUGCUAAAGAACAAGCAUGGAAAGAGGAGUCUGAUAACCACUUUUUAUCUUUCAUAUCACCUUCCCAAGGAGAACCAUGGAGCAAAUACCAACACUUUAUGAUAGAGGAGCAGGCGGGAAGAAAAACGGUCGCCUAUUCAAAUAACAUCACAUUUGAUCUCGUUGCUAUCAGGGAAUGGAAGCUAUUUCUCGGAGACACUCUCGACCGCUUGAGGAAAACUAGCCAUUCAAACAUUGUCAAUCUUAAGGAGGUUUACCAAAGUGGAGAGACCCUCUUCCUUGUCUAUGAGAACAUGGAUACAUCUCAUGUAUCUUUGGAGAACAUCGAAGAUAACCCAAGUGAGUCCCUGAAUGAAUUCGAAAUCACUGCUCUUUGCAAGCAGGCAAGUUCUCCUACUUCUCAUAAGAAUCGAAAUGAGGUAUUGAUCCAUGAAGUAGGUACUGAAUGA